AAUAACAACACCGACCACAACGGGAACGACGAGGGAAUGACAAGACAAGAUUUCUUGCGCACGUACUUUUAUUGACUGCCUGCCGACAGGCACCACCGGGACCUCGGAAAACUUCGGAUCGUGGGCUCGUGGCUUCUCUGACUGCCGCCAACCUUGUUGAACCUUGCACCUGACCCUGACGAUGUCGCACCAUCAAGUUGUCCUUUCCACCAUUUCAGAUGUCCAAUCGAAGAGUUAUUUCUAAUUUGCAAAAAUACUCUACAUAAUAUGCAGUAUGCUCAUUUAAAUUCAACUAUAAGACCUUUCAUCACCUGUAAAUCCAAAAAUGAGCUAUCAUGUAUUAGCUUUAUAGAGUUAUCACAGUGAAAACAAGUGUUUUUGAAUUUCGAAUUAGGUUGGUAACCAUUUCUGCACUAUUCAUAUGUCCAAAUUAAAAGCUGAAGCAAAAUGUAUAGUGAUGUAUAGGUUAGCAUUGGUAAGAGACGAAAGCUGUUGAAGUUUGUUGAUUUGUUUUGAUAUCUGUGAACGUACGGUAACGUUGAAUUGCGUCAGUUUUAACAGUGGAUCAUUCUCUUAUUGAGACUAUUAUUGACGUGAAUGUUCAGCUUUGUGAGAACCUAAAAAGAAAGUUGGAAAAGACUUCCGGAGAAGGUGCGAGUAAAAGUGCCCAUUAUUGGAAAAGACGAGCUGGGUGCAUCGCGGUAAACUAUGUCACGAUUAGCAGCUGAUGACUCUCGGGCUGUCUAUGAAGAAGUAUUGGCAGAACCAUCUUCGAAUAUUAGAGAACCUAACAACAGUAAUCUGCAUUCCUCAAAGGUACCUGUUGUACCCAAGAAAGCACCUACUCCGCAUUUGGACAGAAAUCAGUGGGUGAAUGCACUAAUGAAAGAAGCCUCUGCCAACAAUGUUGAAGGUAUCAAAACCCUUCUUGGUGAAGCAAAAGAAUUAAAUGUUACAGACCAAUUUGGUUGGACAAUGCUUAUGUGUGCUGCUCAUGCCGGAGCAAUUAAUGUGGUAAAAUACCUUUUAGAAAGUGGAGCAAAUACAACUGUGAAAGAUCGAGGUGGGAACACCUGCAUAUCACUAGCAAAGCGUCAGAAACAUUAUGAAAUUCACAUUUUACUAAAGAAUUAUCAAAAUAAUUGUGUAUCUAAAGAAGAAAAACCAAAGGCACAUGAAGAAACAAAUAAAAUAUUUUGUGAUGUGUGUAAACAGCAUUUUGAAGAGGGUCCUAGCAGGCUCCAUAAAAAUUCAACAGUGCAUUUGUUUAACACUCAUCCUCGCAAACAUUCAGCUUGGUAUGGAAUUCCAGACAGUAACAAAGGUUUUGAACUGAUGGUAAAAAGUGGAUGGAAUAAGGAAUUAGGCUUGGGCCCAGAAGGCUCUGGAACAAAGUUUCCCCCCAAAACAAUUUUGAAACGGGACAGAAAAGGUUUUGGCAUUGAUUCAGGUGUAGCAAGAGUUACUCACUUUAAACCUCAUGAUACACGUGCUGUUGAAGCAAAGAAUCGAAGUGAAACUAAGAUUAAAAAUCUUGGCUUUCUGGAAGAUCCCAAGAAAAGCCUCAAACAUUUGAGUGAAGUGGAAAAAUUGGGAGAAGAAAUAUUGGUUGACCGCCAAGAAAUUGUGGCUUUGGACAAAAGGAGAAAUCACAAUAGAGAAGCUCUUAGAGCCUUAAAGAAAGGAGCUGGCAGUAAAACGUGGAUGGCAGUAGGAUCAUUACUCAUAAAGUUGCCCCAAGAACAAGCAAGUAAAGCAUUAGAAAAGGAUCAAAUGCAUUUGGAUGUUGAAAUAAACAAACUAAGAAGUAAUCUGAAAGUGAAAGUCAACGCUCUUCAAGACAUGGAACACAAAGAUCCCAUUCCAGGACUAACACUACAACCUAUGACUCACAAAGAGAUGAGAACGAUUAAGAGUGCAAUGGGCAUAAGUUCAUAAAGUGUAAUUAAAAAAUUUAGGAUCUUUUGAGAUACGUUGAUCUUUAUAUAACUGGAAGUAAUGCAUUUCUAACUUGUUAAAAACAUGAAACCUUUUACUGUAAAUAUUCAACAGUAGGAAUUAUUGAUAAAGAAUGUGUUUUAUAUUUAAAUUAUUUCUGAACUUCACAGCUCUUACCUGUGUAUCCAUUUCCCAUCAAAUUGAGCAGAAGAGUUGUAGAUGCAUAUCAUUACCUUUUUUUAUUGAAGGAUUAGAAUAAAUGAAUACUUGAA